GGUGUUCCUUUUGUCCAUAUGUCUUUCAAAUUCCGGGUAACAAAUUAUUGUUUUUGCAGUAUGGACAGAAGAGUACUAUUGCUUCUAGUCGCGCUCAGCAGCUGCUGGUGUUGUAAUGCUAGAGACCUUACAGUCCUGCAGUCGAAUGACAAGGGAGAAGCUCUAUAUGUGCAAGAAGUUACCAAGAAUGAAGAUUUUUGUGCAUUGUGUGAAGAGUUUGCUUCUGAGGCUCUUAGUUACCUUACACUAAAUAAAACCCAAGCAGAGAUCAUUACCAUUCUUCACAAAUCCUGCCCGGGUUAUCUUCCUUCAAGGUAUUUGUUUGAGUAUCACUUCUUUCUGAGAGUUUAACUUUUAACCUCAUGUUGA